GGGCGCCCGGCGCGCUCGCUGUCGAGGGCUCGCCUCCGCGGCCGAAACUAUCGGCGCUCGGUGCCGGUGGCGGCGAAGCGGACCAGCCGCGGGCGCUCGUGCCCCCAAAGCGGCGGCUCCGGCCUCUGGCGGCGGAGCACUUCCAGGUGAUCGCCCCCGUGGGGGGCACUUCCGGGUCAUCGCGAAUUCGAAUCGGGCUUGGCUUUUCCCGCCGCCAGUGGCAGGAAGACAUGUCCACCCUCUUUCCCUCCCUGUUCCCACGAGUCACUGAGGCGCUAUGGUUCAACCUGGAUCGGCCCUGUGUGGAUGAGAAUGAGCUGCAGCAGCAGGAACAGCAGCACCAGGCCUGGCUGCAGAGCAUAGCAGAAAAAGAUAAUAAUUUGGUCCCAAUUGGGAAACCUGCCUCAGAGCAGACUUACGAUGAGGAGGAGGAAGAGGAUGAUGAAGAUGAUGAAGACAGUGAGGAAGACUCUGAGGAUGAUGAGGACAUGCAGGAUAUGGAUGAAAUGAACGACUACAACGAGUCUCCCGACGACGGGGAGAUCAACGAGGUGGAUAUGGAAGGGGCUGAGCAGGAUCAAGACCAGUGGAUGAUCUAAACUUUGAGCUAAAAAGCACCAUGGACAUGCCCCGGGCCCGGAAAUGCUGGAUCAUCUCCUCUUCCAGCAGGCUGAUGCGGGUCUCCCAAACUGCCUUGAAUCAUUGCUGGAAAGGGGGGUGCAAGGCUGAAACCCUCCAUCCUCCCCGGUGAGCUCAGUUCUGCUCAGACUCGAGCGAGACAAGCGGGUUGUGGCUGCAGGACCUGCCCUUUGCAGCCGUGGCAGCUUGGCUGGAUGUGGGUGCCCAGGGAUCCUGCCCCUGGAGCGUGUUUUGCCAAUAAACCUGCUCUCUGAUCGUGUUCCCAUUCCAGUCUGGUCUGUGCGCCCAUCGCUGCCUGGCCAGGACCCUGAGAUUAAGCGGGGGAGGAAGAGCUCCGGCCUGGAGAGCUGGUAGGGGCAGAAUUGCUGUUAUAAUGCCACGGGCUUUGGAGAUUGCCUCCCCCCAUGGGAGGGUCGGAAUGGGAUGUUCCUGGGGGCGAGGCAUCCAGAAGCAACGGAAACAACCCAGGAGUGGGGCUGUUGGGUUGGGUACUGUUUUAAAUUUUUUAAAACCUCAGUGUGUGUUCUGCUUUUUCUUGUAUUUGAAUGUGAUGUUUUAUUUAUUCUAAUCCGUUUUAAUUGUGCCUCUGGGCCGCCCUGUGCCGUUUUUACCCUGGGAAGGUGAGGUACAAUUCGCAUCAAUAAACCACCCGUGUCCUUCCCUGCCCGCA